GGCGGGGGGAGGCCCGAGCCUGGGAGUCACCAAAGGGGAGGCGUGGCCGCUGUGUGCUCUACCGGGCGGUCUCUGGGGCCAUCCGCGUGUGGGGCUGCGCCUGAGUGCAUGCGUGUGAGCUUGUGCUUGUGCCUCCGUGUGCUGGGCACGACCGUGCGCGCCGGUGCUCGCCUGUCCCUGCACGGGCACAUGCACACACUGCCUUGUGAAGACGCUUCGGGGUUAGGGAUCCCUGUGCUUCUGUGUACCUGGGUUUCUUUGCAUGGGGGGACACAUCCCCUAGGCAGCAUCAUGGGCAUGUCGUGAGUGACAGACGCAUAUCUAAGUUAGCAUGCAAGAUUAGAAGCACAAGGGCGUCCUGGAGGAGUCUGAAGUGCGCUUCUAACCGGAUUCACAUGUUUUUCCACGCGCCGCUGAACAGAAUGUACCUUUGUGUCAGCAUGAGCUGAAAAGGGAAACGCAGCCUCUGGAGCUGGAGUGGGACUGUGUGGAAUUCUGGAACAUUUCUCACUGCUCAACCACAGCCUGUUGAAGCUGGGAAGCGCUUUGGAUAUUUUUCAGUCCAGCCCUUUGUCUAACAAAUGAGGAAACUGAGGCCCCCCAAAAAAGAGGCUAAGCUUGCUAUCGCAAGUGCUCUGUACUUUCCCUACUUAAUCCUCUCAAUCGUUUGAGGCAGGUGAUAGUAAUUCCCUUUUACAGACAAGAAAAGUGAGGCCUGUCGCACCAGAAGAAAAAGAUAUCAGCAGGGAUUUCCGCCCACUCUGCCCAGCUUCAACGUUCACGGUCGUCCUUCCAUGCAGGGCUCUUCCAAGUGUAGCCCUGGGAGCCCGGGGGUCCUUGAGAACCUUUCAGGAAGUCUCUGAGGAACUCAAGACCUUCACUUGGUUGGUGUGAGCACUCCAGGAGGCGGGCACCCUCCCUCAGCCCUCAAGCAAGCAAAAAUGAGUUUAAAAAUGAAGGAGAAGAAGCAGCAGCAGCAGCCGCCGCCACAGAGCUUGUGACAGCUACAGCCUAAGGGCAACAGGCAGGGGAGACCAAGGACCAGAAAGAGCAGAGGCUUUUUCAAAAAAAGAGACCCCUCUCCCAGCACCCAGCGAUGGCGGCAAGCCCCACCCACAGUGUCUGCUAAGAACAAGGCCCCCGUGAGGACAACACGGCCCCCCGAGAUGCCCACAGGGACCCUGAGAUGCCUGCAGUACUUGGCUCUCCCACUGGCCAGCUGCCCACCUGGCUCAGGCCCAGUACUCACCCUGGUCACACCUGGGAGAGGAGGAGAGGAGAGCAUAGCACCUGCAGCAAGAUGGAUGUGGGCAGCAAAGAGGUCCUGAUGGAGAGCCCGCCAGACUACUCCGCAGCUCCCCGGGGCCGAUUUGGCAUUCCCUGCUGCCCUGUGCACCUGAAACGCCUUCUCAUCGUGGUGGUGGUGGUGGUCCUUGUCGUGGUGGUGAUUGUGGGAGCCCUGCUCAUGGGUCUCCACAUGAGCCAGAAACACACAGAGAUGGUUCUGGAGAUGAGCAUUGGGGCGCCUGAAGCCCAGCAACGCCUGGCCCUGAGUGAGCACCUGGUUACCACUGCCACCUUCUCCAUCGGCUCCACUGGCCUCGUGGUGUAUGACUACCAGCAGCUCCUGAUCGCCUACAAGCCAGCCCCUGGCACCUGCUGCUACAUCAUGAAGAUAGCUCCAGAGAGCAUCCCCACUCUUGAGGCUCUCACUAGAAAAGUCCAGAACUUCCAGGCCAAGCCCGCAGUGCCUAGGUCUAAGCUGGGCCAGGCAGAGGGGCGAGAUGCAGGCUCAGCACCCUCCGAAGGGGACCCGGCCUUCCUGGGCAUGGCCGUGAGCACCCUGUGUGGCGAGGUGCCGCUCUACUACAUCUAGGACGCCUCAGGGUCAGUGGAAGCCCCAAGGGGAAAGGAAACGCCCCGGGCAAAGGGUCUUUUGCAGCUUUUGCAGACAGGCAAGAAGCUGC